AGCUCCGUCUCGUGAAUGGUUCCAGUCCCUGUUCUGGAAGGGUUGAGGUGUUUCACAAUGAAAAGUGGGGGACGGUUUGUGAUGCUGGCUGGGAUUUACAGGAUGCCCAAGUUGUGUGCAGGGAAUUGGAAUGUGGCUAUGCCUUAAAAGCAUCUGGUGGAGCAUGUUUUGGAAGAGGGGUUGGUCCCAUCUGGCUGGAGAGAACAGACUGUACUGGAAGAGAAGAAUCUUUAAGGCAAUGCCCCAGAGGACUGUGGGUAGAAACCAGUUGUGACCACAGCCAGGAUGCAAGUGUGGAGUGUGCAGUUAUACCUAUUUCAGAUCCACCAAAGAUCAGAUUGGUGAAUGGUUUCAGUCGAUGUUCUGGAAGAAUUGAAGUAUUCCACAACCAGCAGUGGGGAACUGUGUGUGAAGAUGGCUGGGAUCAGGAUAAUGUUCAAGUUGUGUGCAACGAACUUGGCUGUGGCGAUGCCUUAUUAGUCUCACGGGAAGCUUAUUUUGGAAGAGGAAAUGGUCCAAUCUGGCUAUUGAGAGUUCGCUGUGAUGGGACAGAAAAUGCUAUCAGUGACUGUCCCUACCGGAAAAGCAGAAUAUCUCACAUCUGCAGCCAUGACCAUGAUGCUGGAAUUGUGUGCUCAGAGCUCCGUUUAGUGAAUGGCUCCAAUCGCUGCUCUGGGCGGGUCGAGGUGUUGCACAAACAACAAUGGGGGACUGUGUGUGAUGCUGGCUGGGAUUCCCAUGAUGCCCAAGUUGUGUGCAGGGAACGGAGCUGUGGAAAUGUUGCCAAAGCAAUUGGGGGAGCAUUGUAUGGUCGAGGAUCCAGCCCCAUCUGGCUCAAGGGGGUAAACUGCACAGGAGAAGAAGCAUCUCUGAGUGACUGUGGCCAAAGUGCUUGGGAAGACCACAGCUGUGACCAUAGUCAAGAUGCCAGUGUGGAGUGCUCAG